GUGUGGUUGCCCGGUGACGUCAGCGUCCCACUAAGAGUCCCAUGUUUUGUGUGGAGCAGAAAUCAUCAGGAUGCUUCCCACUCUCUGUCCGGACCGCCGCACGGACCGCUCAGACUCCCGGUGCCGGCGCCACCACAUGUGAACCGGGCUAUGUUUGGAAGAGAGCCGGCGAUGAAAACGUGGACUCCGGGGCUGAAACCGCCGAAUCUGACUGCAGCAGGAUGUCAUUAUCUGGCACUGAGCUCAUGACCAGCCGGGCCAGGCACCAACGGCCGCAGGAGAUUCUACUAAUGAACUUGCAUCUUCUCGCCAACCCUGGAGACUCGCUGCUGCUGCAGCACACCCUAGAUCGCCUCCUCCGCUGGCUCUGCCCGAGCCUCCGCAUCUUCCAUGUAUCUGAGAGGGCCUCCCCUUUCAGAAGCUACGCCCGCGUCUGUCCUGUGGCAGGUUACCCUUCUCUGGCCAUCACUUUCUUUCUCCACGAGGCGUAUGGAGAGGAGCGAAUCCUCAAAGUGCUGGACUUCUUUCAGCGUCCGCCUUGGCAGUACCACCACACGGAGACCUGCAGCAAACGAACUGGAGGGGUCCACAUUACCUCCAGCAGCUCCCCAGCCAAUGCCCUGAUGCGGCCCUACCUCCUGCCCAGCAGAGACUUUUAUAGUCUGGGUGCAGGGAUGCCUGUGUGGGGUGUUCGACCGGUGCACUGUGGAGGAGAAAUACUACGUGUGACACUGUACAGUGGAUAUGACAACUAUGAGGAUGCCGUGCGGCUCUAUGAGACGGUUCUGCAGCGACAGGCAGAGGAGCAGAAGACAGGCUUCUGCUGGUUCACUCUCCACACCGAGCCCGGGCUGUGCCUGCAGUUGGCUUUAAAGCAGUUGUCUCCAGGGGUUCGAGUGGAGCCAUGCAGCUCUGCUGUGCUGCAGUUCAGUGUGGAAGAAAUUGGCCAGCUAGUCCCUCUGUUGCCCAACCCCUGUACCCCCAUCAGCUCUACACGCUGGCAGACAGAAGACCUGGAUGGCAACAAGGUUCUCUUCCAGGUGAAAACCCCAGCGCAACCUCAGCGACCUCUGACCUGUGCUUUCCCCCUGACCUGUCCCAUUGUGUCCCCUCGAGGAAUGCCGCUGAGGAGCUCGGGACAGGGCCACAGCCUGUCGCCCUGCAGCCUCACAACGCCCGUGCCCUGGCAAACACACAGGCAAGGCCACAGACCGCGCAGUGACCCCGUCCUGGAGAAGCUUCAUGGAGGAGGUGGUGGAGCGGAGAGCCUGGGAUCAGGCAGCUGCUGCAGCACUCCUCCAGGCAGCUCCUGUUACUCAUCCCAGCGCAGCAGCCCUGCACCGCUCUCAACCACCAAUCACCCUGACUCUCCUCUGCGCCCCUCCAUCACCCGUUCGCUCUCCCAUCUCCUUCUGGAAGAGGAUGAGGAGGAGACCAAUGUAGACACAGGAGUCCCAGUCUCUCUUCACCCUGACACAGCAGUCAAAACAAUUGCUCGCUCUUCGUCCAUGGACCUUUUGAUGAGUUUCCAUUCUGAGAGACCUGCAGCUGUCGGGGCUUCAGCUGGUGAGGGUCUGGUCAAGGAGCUGAUUGAAUGUCUGCCUCGGGCACACAUACACCCUCAGGGCCCCUCCAGGACACGGGCCUCCACUGGCUGUACAGACGCAGCCAGGAAUGGCUGUGGCAGCAGGACUGUGGCGGCAGGACAAAGCCCCUUAAAAGGGCCCGUGGUGGAGAACAGGACUACUGCUGAGCUGCUGUCAGCACACACAAACAACAAGGAGCCAGUCGAUGAGUUCUUCAUCUAAAUUCCUGCCACUACGCUACAUGCUGCGGUAAUUAUCACAGUGUAAGGGAAAACAUAGAGAAGUUGGACAAGAUGAGAAAUCCUUCAAAGAGGAUCUGAAGUCAUGCAGGACUGCGUAGUCUGAUAAAAGAGCACUUCUCUGGAAACCAAAGUUCAGCUGCAGGUGACACCUUUCACUCAGAAGUGUCUUAAGACUGUAAGUGGUUUGACUUGUCCUGAAAUGUCCAAAAUAUACAGUAAUUAUCCAACUCCUGCUCUAACAGGCCGACUAAGAGAAGUGGAACAAGGUGAGUGAUAUUUGACAGUCCAGGUAAUAAUAAUUAUAUUGUUGAAUGUGUUAAUUACUUUUAUAUUUAGAUCCAACUAAUGAUUUGUGCAGCUAAUGUGCUAAAAUGUAGCCAUGUGAAUAGCAAAACACGUCUGUGUUCGGUGUUACUGUCGGGUUACGAGUGCCAGUCUAGGUUUCUGUACAGCCACUCAGCGCCAGCAAUGUCUUAUUUAUCGAUGGCCUUUGAAACAGGUGAAGAUGAGCUCAGCGUGAAGUCACUCUUUGAUGUCGCUGUUGAUCGUGAUUAGAAAUCUGAUUUAGUCUGAGCUCCGUCACACUGCAGCACCGUCAGUCUGUUACAGCUCUGGCUUUACAUAGUAAAAGUAAAAAGUAUAGCCCAGUGGCUUCUGAUCACAUUUGUUAAAAUGCUCUGCAGCUGAUCCUUGCUCUAGUGUUUGUGUGUUACAAUGUGUAAGUGGUGGACUAGACCUAGACAGAUUACUGUAUUGAAGAAGAUUGUAUUUUCAUCUUUAUAUAGCCUAGAGUUAAGACUUCAAAGAACAUUUGGAAUUUACAAAAAAUCUCUAAUCAUGUGUAAUAUACAUCUUAAUAUUAAUCUAACCAUUUGUAUGUAAGGUGUCUGAAUAGCCCAAAUGUGUCAGGAGCCUGAGACUUCAGAAAUGUUAAUUACUGUAAGGCCACAGUAAGCUGAGGGAUCAGCAGACAGAUUAAGUGAAAACUUAGCCAAUACAUCAUCAGUAUUAGACUGGUCCAACAGAUGGUGGUAGUCAAACCCACAACGAUUUUUGCACAGUGCCCAUGAUCACUAGUGUUUGUAGUUGUUUCGAGACAAGUCUGAUAAAAGAUAGUAUUGUAUACUAUGCAUUUUAAUGACCACACUUAUGACUCAGGUCGUACUACUCUCUUCUACAACACUGAUUACUCACCUAACAGAUAAACCUGUGUCUAGUGUUCCCUUGUGUUUCAUGUGCAUUAUGGCCAGUGCUUAAUCAGAGGCGUAUCAUUUAAGGAUAUUCGAUAUGAGCUGCUCCUGUUGGGCUGCUCACUGCUCAACAGGAUACCGUGACACCCACGCUGUCCUGCAGGGCAGCUCGGGGGUGUGAAUGUGUUUCACUUUUGACUGGAAACUUUUUUCCAAGCAUGACAGUGAGUGUGUCACCCAUGAGGCUCCUAAGUGUCGAUCAUGUUCGAGGUGAAAUGUCUUAAGGCUUUAGUAUUAAAACCUAAAUGAAUGAAAAUGCUUUCUGUUGUGGUCUGUUCAUGAAAUCCAUCUGUGAGUGUCCUGACAGAUGUUUCCACAUGACUAAAA